AUGGAAGAUGAGAUCGCUUCGGAGGCUGGACCGCAGGACAAGCGACACGCUAGCGGGUGGAAUACUCUGGCUCUCUCGGUGGCCGGACUCUCAAGGCCGUUUUUUGCGUUUGGUUUGAGCAGGACGUUGUGGAGAAAUGAGGUAAGCGCGCCGGAGCUGCUAAAGGUGGACGAGCACCUGGUGUCGGACCUUAUCCAGCAGGUCGAGAACCAGCAGGAAAUAGUGGAUGACGCCAGGGCUUCUCCCGAGGAGGCGUUUUCUGCAUCGCUGUACCAGAUGGAGCUGGACCGCCUCCGCUACUCCCUGUCCAAGUACCUCAGGACACGCCUCCGCAAGGUGGAGAGGGACGCUCUGCACGUGCUGGCCACCGUGGAUGGGGAAAUGCAGGGCCGCUUGUCAGACAGGGAGCGAGAACACGCCAAGGGAUACGUGGACAUGUUGGAGGACCACUUCACCCGGACUUGCCUCAGCCAGAUGCCUUCCAACUUCCGGUCCUUGACGAACACAAGCCAGGAGGAGAAUAUGGUGCAGGAGCCUAACUUAGACACCUUCGUGGUUUGUCGCGCGCGGGACGAUGUGGGCUUGGUGCAGAUCGGAGAGGCGGCCGGGCGGGAAGAAAGCUCAAUGGAUCUCCGGCAGGGCGACAUGUUCAUCGUGCGAUAUCGUCCGAUCAGGACUCUAGUGCUCGGCGGCCGCGUUGACUUGAUAUGA